CAGCCCGAACAGGGAUGGGCGGAGCCAGUCUAGCUGCUGCACAGGCUGGCUGGCUGCUAAGGGCUGCUCCGUGCUUUUGCCAGAGGACAGAGACUGACAUGGAACAGGGGAAGGGCCUGACUGGCUUCACCCUGGCUAUCAUUCUUCUUCAAGGUAGUUUGGCCCAAUCAUUUGAAGAAAACCGCAAGCUUAACGUGUAUAACCAAGAAGAUGGUUCAGUACUUCUGACUUGUCAUGUGAAAAACACAAAUAUCACAUGGUUUAAAGAAGGGAAGAUGAUAGACAUCCUAACUGCACAUAAAAAUAAAUGGAAUCUGGGAAGUAAUACCAAGGACCCUCGAGGGGUGUAUCAGUGUAAAGGAUCAAAGGACAAGUCAAAAACACUCCAAGUGUAUUACAGAAUGUGUCAGAACUGCAUUGAACUAAAUGCAGCCACCAUAUUGGGCUUUGUCUUUGCUGAAAUCGUCAGCAUUUUCUUCCUUGCUGUUGGGGUCUACUUCAUUGCUGGACAGGAUGGAGUUCGCCAGUCAAGAGCUUCAGACAAGCAGACUCUGUUGCCCAAUGACCAGCUCUACCAGCCCCUCAAGGAUCGAGAAGAUGACCAGUACAGUCACCUUCAAGGAAACCAGUUGAGGAGGAAUUGAACUCAGGACUCAGAGUAGGUGUUCUCCUUCUAUUCAGUUCCCAGAAUCAAAGCAAUGCAUUUUGGAAAGCUCCUAGCAGAGAGACUUUCAGCCCUAAAUCUAGAUUCAAGGUUCCCAGAGGUGACAAAUGGAGAAGAAAGGCCAUCAGAGCACAUUUGGGGUUUUCUCAAAUAAAAUAAAAAUAAAAACAA